AUGUCAAGCUUUCUAUCCACACUUGUAGGAUCAAAAGAAGAAGAAGAAAAAGAAGAAGUAGAGUAUAACAUCAUCUGCCAGAAGCACAAGUUGUUGCUACAAACACUAACCAAAGGCAAUGGUUGGAGGGUACAACACUUGUAUAACUACAAGGGCUUCUGGUUAAACCCUAACACCGUUAAAAACAACCUCCUUCUACACACCUAUUUCAAAUCUCUUCCCACCGACAUCGUCUUGGCUGCCUUCAUGAAGUCCGGGACUACCUGGCUUAAAGCCCUCAUGUUCUCUACCCUUAACCGCCACCGCUACAACUUCUCUGACCACCAUCUCCACAACCACGGCCCUCAAAGCACCUUCCCAUUUCUCGACUGCGAAUCCUACCCCAUUACCGACUUCACCAACAUCCCUAUCAGUCCUCGACUCUUUGCUACCCACUAUUCAUACACUCUAUUACCAGCAUGCAUCAAGUCUGGCAAGAUAGUCUAUGUGUGUAGGGACCCAAAAGACGUGUUGAUUUCCAAGUGGCACUUCAUGAGUAAACUCAGAUCAAAAGAUUUGCCUCCCCUUUCGUUAGAUGUAGCGUUUGAGCUUUUUUGUCAAGGGGAGUCAGAGUACGGGCCGUUUUGGGAACACAUACUGUCGUACUGGAGAGCUAGCUUGGAAUCUCCGGAGAAGAUUCUGUUCUUGAAGUAUGAGGAAAUGAAGAAGCAACCGGAGGUGGUGGUGAGAAAGCUGGCUGCGUUCAUGGGGAAGCCGUUUGCGGAGGAGGAAGAGGAGAAAGGGGUGGUGGGGGAUAUUGUUAAGCUGUGUAGCUUUGAGAACUUGAGCAAUCUAGAGGUGAACAACAAAGGUGUCGAAAAGUUUGGCAGCCUAGUGGAGGUCGAAAAGAGGGACUUUUUUAGGAAAGGAGAGAUUGGGGAUUGGAAAAACUAUUUGAACGAAGAGAUGAAGGAACGUAUUGAUAGAAUUACUGAUGACAAGUUCAAGGGCUCAGGAUUGAGUCUUAAUGCAACGGUUUGA